AUGGCGCUGAUCUUCAUGGUGACAUCGUUCCUGUGCAUUUCCGUCAUAACGAUGGCGAUCCCAUUCGUGUCGCAGAACCGCAGCGUGUAUGACCGCGAAUACGUGUCGACCAUGUACUCGUCGGUCGCGCAUGCGUUGUCGUUGGCAGUGGUCGAGUUUGUCUACUGCAUUGGGCUCUCGAUGCUGUUUCUCACGUGCUUUAACUGGUUUUGCGGUCUCAGCACGACAAACGAGGCGUGGAUGUGGUUCUGGGUCUCUCUCGUCGUCAGCAUGGCGCUGUGGUCGUACCAAGGGCAUCUCUUGGUCUACGCAUUGCCGACAAUGCAAGUGGCCGUGCUCAUGGGGGGCGGCCUCUCGGCGCUCCUGUUUGAGUCUUCCGGCUUUAUGAUUGACGGCAACGCGCUGUCCGAGGGAUGGCAGUGGGCGUAUUGGGUCAGCCCCGUGCACUACAUGCUCGAGAUCAUUUUGACGACGCAGGUUCAAGCUGUUCAAGCGUUCUCGUUCGACAACGUCGGGCGGGACAUGGCCAUCCUUUGGGCCCUUAUUCUUGCUCUCCAGGGCAUGCUGCUGUAUUGCAUGACCAAAGUCAACCACACAACUCGAUAG